AGGGUACGAAUACUGUCAAUGUGUUUGGUGACGGCUUGACUCUCAGCACAACAGUCGGCUUUACAUACGAAAGCGGAGACUGUGUAGACAGCGUUCAUACUGAAAAUCUGUCAAGUGUAGGUCAAGAUGGACUGACAGGGACUAUGCUGAUCCAGGACAUCGAGCCUGGAAGCUUGUAUCUCUGUGUAAACAAUACAUUCGUUGCAACAGCGGCAAAUGGGUACGCCUUGAUCGUGGAAGAAGAAGAGACACCGAUCGCUCCUUUGUGGGCUGCUUGCUUGCUCAUUUUCGGCUUGCUGUGCUUGUCAGGUUUGUUUUCCGGGCUCAAUUUGGGACUGAUGGCACUCGACACUACCGGGUUACAAAUUAUUAUGAAGGUUGGCGAACCACAACAGAAAAAAUACGCAGAGACUAUCUACCCUAUCAGAAAACACGGAAAUUUGCUGCUCUGUACGCUACUCUUGGGUAACGUCCUUGUUAAUAACACGCUGACUAUAAUAUUGGAGUCAGUCAUUGGCGGGGGCGUAAUGGCCGUCAUUCUGUCGACAGCGGGAAUCGUCGUGUUUGGAGAAAUCAUUCCACAAUCAAUCUGUACUAGGCAUGGUCUCUUUGUGGGCGCCAAGACAAUCUACAUCACCAAGCUCUUCGUCAUGCUCAUGUUUGUCAUCGCAUAUCCCAUUAGUAAGAUAUUGGACUGGGUUCUGGGUCGUGAGUUGGGAGUGAUGUACAGUCGGCGCGAACUGAAGGAGCUGGUGCGCUUGACUGGCUCACAGGUCAAUCUAAAUCAGGACGAAAUGGCUAUGAUUGGUGGAGUGUUGGAUUUCACCACUAAAACCGUUGGCCAGAUCAUGACACCGAUGCAGGAUGUUUUCAUGAUCGAGAUACACGCCAGGCUUGACUUCAAGACGCUCAAACUCAUUGUAGAGAGUGGACACAGUCGAGUGCCUGUCUACGAGAACGACUCUUAUGGCAUUAAGAAAAUAGUCGGAAUCCUAUUCGUCAAGGAUUUGACGUUUGUAGAUCCGGACGAUGAAUUGCCGCUGUCCACGGUUAUCAAAUUCUAUGACCGCACGUUCCAAUACGUGUUCGACGAUACUAAAUUAGAUGAAAUGCUCAGCACCUUCAAGUCUGGACACUGUCACUUAGCUGUAGUGAGGAAAGUGAACGACGAAGGUGAAGGGGAUCCCUUCUAUGAGAAUGUCGGAGUGAUCUCGCUCGAAGACGUCUUGGAAGAAAUUAUUCAGUCCGAGAUCGUAGACGAGACAGACAGAAUUACCGACAACAUAACACGCAAUCCCGUCCCCAGGGGUGAUGGCAACCCUCUUCGCCUGGGUCAUAAAGAUCAUGCAUCAGCAACCAAUCUCAGUGGGGGGAAAGUUCAAGGUCAAACUUUCGACGACCUUUCCGGUAGAGGAAGUGACCAACAACACGUGUCCAGUCAGUUGAAGUUGGCUAUACUGUCGUUCCUAACAACAUCUUUCGAUCUCUUUGGCGAGAGUACAAUGACGCGUGCCAUUGCUCAGCGGGUGAUCGACAAUGCAAUGUACAGAAAAUUUAACAGAUUAGACGGCUUGGCCGACACUGCCAGGAGGGAGGGUGGGCCAGAAGCACACGACUCUCAGACUAUAGAGCGAGCGCGCAGAGGUGUGCUGUACGAGUCUGGGAAAAAAACUACUGUGUUCACUGUGAUCCUCGAGGGUAGGGUUAGAGUCAUUACAAACACAGACGGUCUCACAUUCGAUGCUGGGCCAUUUUCCACUCUGGGUAUCCAGACCACCACUUUCCACUGCCUAUGUUUAGUCUAGCCACUGUAGUUAUGGCCUCAUGGACUGGCUCCAUGUUGCAAACACGCAUAUUGGGACACAGCAACAUACUGCUCCGUAAUUAUUUAUUGCGGGGUUUAGUCCCACAUGCUUGGUCUCUGAUGUUCCAUUUCAAUUCCACCCACGCGAGAAAAUGUACCAUUGCCUAUGCCUGACAUUUAUCGGAUGUUAAUUGGCACCCCAGGCGCUAUCGCAAGGUGAAUAUGUCCCCGAUUUCCGUGCCAUAACGGACUUGAGCGACGGUUUACUGAUGCAAAUCACCACGGAGGACUACAAGAGAGCUAUCAAUGCAAGUAAGCUGCAGCGUACAACCAGUCAGCUGCUGCGAUCACCACAGCCUCAAAUGCGCACGAAUUCGGGCAUGACCCCCGAUAAAGUGGCCUCAAUCGGGGCUGAUACUGCAAGCGAGGUGCAUUCCCAAAGUAAGGGCUCUUUGUGCAAAGAGAGCGCUAUCAUGAGAUGCGAUGAAGACGAGAAAAUAGAGAUGGUGGACUUAAAUGAAUCAAGUGCGAUCGAUGCGGAGAGUUUAGGGGAUGGAACUCGUAUGUCUAUUGAGAGCGAUUUGAACAGUGUUUUGAGGGUGAAUGAGUUGAGACAAGGCGGUAGCGGGGUAAGUAGCGAUGGCGAUUCUACUGCGAAUCUGACUGACGCUGUAGCUAUCAAUGUGUGUAAUGUGGCCAAGACAACCGACGAUAAACUGAUAUAAGAGUGGAUUAGGCGAAAGAACGGUGCUAGCCACGGCCCAAUUUAGUAGUGUGAAGAUAGUGAAGAGAAGAAAUCGGCAGUCACGGAACUGUGUGUAGUGUAUCAGGAUGAUAUUGACAAAAUAUAUUGAAGGUGAAAUAUCCUUGCCAGUACAAGUGGAUAUAGCGUUCACCACACAAGAAAGGUACACUUAUUAUGCUGGUCGUUUAAUAGUGUUUUGAAUUCAGCAUCAAAUAGAAGAUUUACGACUGAGAAAUUCCAGUUUAUUCUUUCAAUAGGCAGAUAUGGAUAGAGUCGAGACAAUAAAACCAGGCGCAAGCGUUAAAGACCUGGCGAAUUCAGCAGCUGUGCUCAAAGCGGUAGCGGAUUGCGAAUCCAAC